AUGAGUGUCGUUUUACCAUCAACAACAGCAUCUAAUAUUCCGUCAAGUACAACAAAUGCAUCUGUACCAUCUGUAGCAUCAUCUGUACCAUCUGCUACAUCUUCAAAUAAUCAACAAUUACCUACUCCUCCUACAAAUACUUCAAAUCCAUCACCUCAAGUUGUAGCUACAAAACCAAUUAUUCAACCUUCACCAUCAAUUAAUCCUCAAACUAAACAAAUUAGUUCCAAUAAUCAGCAACAACAACAGCAGCAACAACAACAGCAACAACAACAACACCAACAACAACAACACCAACAACAACAACACCAACACCAACACCAACACCAACACCAACAACAACACCAACACCAACACCAACACCAACACCAACACCAACACCAACAACAACACCAACACCAACAACAACAACCCACGGCUAAUAAUAUUAAUGCAAGUAAUAAUGGUUCAAAAACUGUUUUAUCAAAUACAUUAUGCAAAAAUUGUAAUACUCAAACUACUCCAUUAUGGAGAAGAGAUGAAACUGGAAAUGUUUUAUGUAAUGCUUGUGGUUUAUUUCUAAAAUUACACGGUAGAAGUAGACCAAUUGCGUUGAAAACUAAUGUUAUAAAGUCAAGAAAUAGAGUUAAACAUAAUAAUAAUAAUAAUAAUAAUAAUAAUAAUAGUAAUAGUAAUAGUAAUAAUCAAAAUUCAAAUUCAAAUCAAAAUGUAAAAAGUGAGAAUAAAAGUGGUAAAAAAUCUCCAAAACCAAAGAAGAAUAAGAAUAAUAAUAAUCAAAAUUCAAAUUCAAAUUCAAAUUCAAAUUCAAAUUCAAAUCCAAAUCCAACUACUAAUUCUUCUGAAUUGACUCCAUUAUUACCAGCAACUUUACAAAAUACUCCAGCUACAUUUAAAAAUAACCAACAUUCAAUCCAACAUCCAAAUAUCUUCCCACAUCCACAUUCUCAUCAUUCUCAACAUCUCCAACAUCAUACUCCUCAUACUCAUUCUUCUCAUCAUCAUCCACAUUUACCAAAUCAUUUACAUCAAGUUCCUUUACAUUAUCCAUCAUCAACACCAACUCAAUUUGCACCUGGUUUGCAAAGAAUUACAUCUCCAUUAUUAUUAUCAAAUACUUCUGGCUCAUCGUCAGUUAGAAACGAACCAGUUCAACCACAACAACAACAACAAAUACAACAAGCAGCUGGUGUUUUAGAAAAUAUGAUGUCUACAAAUGAAUUAGGCCCAAGUGCAACUUUUAAGAAUAAUAAAACAUCUUCGUUUACAAAUAAUAGUCCAAUUUCAUUAAUUUGUCAAAACCUGAGAAAUCUGGAAUCCAACUCAUCGUCCAAUUCAAUAUCCUCAUCUUCAAUUUUCUCAUCAGUUAAUGGUGUUGUUCAACCACCAAAAUUACCAGCAAUAGGUAAUAAAAUGUCUAAUGGCCAUAGUCCAAUCUUUAAUGCAAGUAGUAGAUCUUCAACUCCUACUUUACCACCAUUACAUAAAAUGGCAUCAAAUCCAGAAAAUAACUCAUUUAAUUUCAACCAACAAAAUCAACACCAAUCUUCAUCACCAAGUCAACAACAACCACCAAAUAAUCAAUCUAAUGGUCAAGAAAAUCAAAAUCAAAAUCAAAAUCAAAAUCAAGACCAAGGUAAUAAUAAUAAUAAUCAACCACCUAAUCAACCACCUCAUUUUGAUGCAUUACAUGAGAGUACUUUAUUAAAAACUAGAAUUUCAGAAUUAGAAUUAGUUAAUGAUUUAUAUAGAACUAGAAUUAUGGAAUUAGAAGCAAUGGAACAAGCUGCAAGAUUAAGAGAAAAUUCAAUGAAGAAAAGAUUAGACGAAGUUUUGAAUUUACAAGUAUCACAAUAUAAAAAGCAACAAGAAAAGUACAAUAAAGAAAAUAAAGAAAAUAAAGAAACACAAGCUCCAAUCACUCAACAACAAUCUAAGUCACCAAAUUCAGUAACUACUAAUAGUUCCGUUUCACCUUGUGCCCAACCUAUUCAAACUCAACCUGUAUUACCAUCAAUUCAACCACAACAGCAACAAGAACAAAUAACACAGCAAAUUCAACCUCAACAACAAAUUUUAAAUCAAGAACAACCAAUAGUUUUACCACCAAUCAAAAGAGAAAAUGAAAAUGAUGAUGUUAAUGACAAUGAAUCAAAUAAAAAGCAAAAAUUGAAUUAA